CCGUUUCGAUUUUGACUCCCUCAUUUAUUCUCUCUCUCUCUCUCUCUCUAAACAAGGCAAUAGUAAUAAAUUUCUCUAGGGUUUUCAGAUUGCUCCCACUCAACUCAACACAACACAACAUUAAUCUUCAAUUUCUCUUAAUUGAGCCCCAAAACCACUUAACUCUCCCCCAAAGCGAAGUUCAGUAUAGCAAGUUUUGCAAUAGGAAUUUGAGUUUUUCGAUAAUUCCUAAAGAUGAACCAAGUCAACCAAGUGAAAAAUUACGAUGCUCCACCGAACAUGCCUAUGAAACGAAAACGAGGUCGCCCGCGUAAGGAUCACACCCUAAAUCGUAGGGAAGCUCCUCCAUUGCCUCCUGGAUUUGGAGUGUUUAACGGAAACCAUCCCCGUCAAGUAGAUGCCAUUGAAGUUUCAAAUGAAAGCAUUGUGGGUCAGUCUGUUACAGGCGUAGUUGAGGAAGCAUUCGACGCCGGUUAUUUGCUCGCUGUCAAGAUUGGCAACUCAAACACCAGUCUCAGAGGUGUUGUUUUCAAGCCAGGACAUUUUGUUCCUAUCUCAACAGAAAAUGAUGUGGCCCCACAUGUUCAAAUGAUUCGAAGGAAUGUGUUCCCAAUGGAAAAUCAAAACCAAAGUCGUGUACAUGGUCAUCGCCCUCGAUCCAGAGAGAGGAAAGAGAAGCAUGGAAAACUUCGCAGAAUUGAAACUGGUAAUUUGUUGAAUGGAUCACCCACUGCAAAUCAAGUGCACACACAUGAUCCUCAAAUUGCUGAUCUGGCAGCUUCGAAAGGCAAACAUGUGUUACCAGUGUCAGCCUAUGCUACCCCAUCUAUGGGCUCAAGAGGCACCAUGGUGCCUGUUGUACUUCAGCCUGUCAGCGUAUCAAAUGGAUUGCCACCUGUCAACCAAGUGCCCUCGGUUCCAUCCCAAGCUGGUCACAUGGCGGACUCAAAACACAAACCGGUGCAAACUGUUACAACCCAAGUGCCAUAUUUGCAACCUCAGACCAGCCAAAAUGGGGAAGAAGUCAAGGCAAUGAAUCCAACUGGUGUUUCACAAUCCUCUGAAACACGCAUUGAGAAUAGUAUGGCAGUAGGUAAAUCAUCAGUGGAAGAUUCUGGGCUUUCUGGGGAAGCUGACAGUGAUGAAACUCUCUUCGUAGAGCCCAUCCGAACUAUACAUUCUUGUGUUCGUAAUCAAUCUGGACCUGUACCUAUUUCUUUGGAGAAUCACAGAAUUGGUAGAAUGUCCGAGCUUUUGCAGGCUGUGCAGGAAAAUUUGACAGAGAACCAGAGGAAUCCUUGAACGUGUCUUUUUUUUUUUUUUUUUUUUUUUUUUUUUU